AUGGAAGAUAAAAGUGAACAAGAUACAUUCGAGUCAUUGAAUGAUGCAUUAAAAUAUGUUGGAUUAACAUCUGGUUUAUUUAUUAAUGAAACAUUAUUAUUACCACGAUCACAAUCAAAAUGGCCAUCAGCUAUAAGCAUUCUACCUUUAAUAUUAGGUUUUAUUGGUUUAGUUUUCAAUAUUCUUGCGCUAUUAAUAUUUACAGCAUCAAGAACAUUUCGACAAAAUUCAUUUCGUUGGUAUAUUUAUGCAUUAACACUUAUCAAUUGUGCGAGUAUUUUAACUCAUUCAUGGCUUUAUUUAAUAUUUUAUAUAGCUGAUUCUUUAUAUUUAUGUAAAUAUUUACGAUAUUUACAACAAUCAACAGCAACAACAUCCCUUUGGAUUAUGGUUCUAUUAUCAUUAGAACGUUCAUUUACAUUUUCACGACCAUUUGUUGUUAAAAAAUUCUUACAAUCACAUACGAUAUGUUUCAUACUUCUAUUUGUAACAUGUUUAUGUUUUGCAUUACAUAUUGAUGAAUUAAUAUCUGUUGAUGUUAAAGCAUUUCGUUGGGUAAAUUUUGCCUAUGGUCUUUGUUCAGUUAAACGACAUUUUCGUUUAUCAACAGAUCGUAUAAAAAUUGUGACACAUUCACAUUCAUUUAUACUUCCAUUUUUAUUAAAUUCAAUACUUGACAUAUAUAUAUGUUAUAAAAUGUGUCAACGACGUAAACGUUUAAUAACAAAAUCAUCAUUAUCAUUUAAUCAUCAUAAAAAUCGUUUUCAACGAUCAAGAAAAUCUGCUGCACAUGAAAUCACAUUAACUUUAUUGUGUCAAUCAAUGUGGUUAUUAUUUACAUAUUUUCCAACACAUCUUUAUUAUUUUUUAUUAUCAUUUAAAUUAAUAAAUGAUCAUGAUCGAGAUAAUUCGACAUUAAAUUUUUUAAUGAGACAAAAUUUAUUAAUUUAUCUUGCAUUUUCUCCAACAUUAUAUGUUAUAUUAAGUUCAACAUUACGAAGAGAAAUUUAUUCAUGUAUAUGUCGAUCAUAUAAACGACAUCGACCAUCAAGUUUAUCGAAUAUGUCAAGUGUACAAAGUAGAUUUCGACAAUUCUUUUUGCAUAGCGAACAACAACGACAAAGUAUUCAACGACCACAUUUAGUUACUUUUGUUACAAUGAGUGAACGAAUUCCUCGUAAAGCUGUUUCUCAAUCAAUAUGUGUACCAUUUAAAAUUAAAAAUAUCUCCAAUAGUGCACCAUCUUUACUUACUAUGUAUAAAUAUAGAAACGAUGCGAAUCAAAAUCAAAAAACAGAACGAUCCAAUACAAUGGAUCAGUGA